AUGGCGGCUUCGCUCCCGCGACCCGGGAGCCGGCUCUUCAGAACGUAUGGGGCUGCCGGUGGCUGGGGGCCGCGGCGGCGGCCGGGACGGGCAGUCGCUCAGUGGUUCCCGCCGCAAGACCGGAAGCGUUUCUGCAGCAGCAGCAGUAGCAGUGACGCCAGCAACAGCGGCCCCUCGCAGUGUGUCGUUUCGGACGACCCUGACGACCCCGACUUCCGCGGCAGCCCGGUACGUCAACCUCGGAGGCGGCCUGGUGGCCGAAUCUCCAACGACCAGGCUAACCUGUUCGUGACCCCAAGACGCCUGAGGCUGAGAGCUCGGCCGCCACAAAAGUGCAGCACCCCGUGCGGCCCGCUCGGACCCCCGCCUUUCCCUGACAGCAACCCGGGCCGCCUCAGUCCGGAUCUCAGCGUGUGCAGCCAGCCCAAGGGCUACGACGAGCUGGGCACCAGUGCCUCCCUCUUCAGCUCUCUGGCCUCUCCUAGUAGCCCCGGACCCGGGACCCCAGCGCCAACAGACAGUGCCAUCUGUGUCGGCCCCUCCGCCACUCUGGAUACAGCCUCUGAAGUUCCAAGAGACUUACACUGCCCGGCAGCCUCCCUGGACCCGGCAUCUCUCCCCUGCUCCUGGAACGCAGCAGCGGAAGGACGUAGGUUCACUCGGGCUGCCCACCAAGCCCGUGCCACCCUCAGGUCAGCUCUCUUUAGUGUUACGGACUCAGGAAACCCUAAGAAUUCGGAGUUUGGGGCAGAUGGGAAGAAUACAAGGGAGGCCUGCUGUAAAAAAGAACGGAUAAGAAGCAGACUGAAGGGGCCCGGUUUGUCAAGCACCGGUAAAAAGACAGCCACAGACCCGCACUCUUGUAAAGAGAAUGGGUCUCAAGAGGCUGUCCAGGUAGAAUUUGAGGAGGCCAGAGGUUGCAAGGGCUGUAUUAUAGCUGGGGAGAUCAAAAGACCUGAAAGAACAGGGCCAAGCCGGAAGAGGAAACAUCAGGAGGUAGUGGAAACCUCCCUUCACCAUUACCACCCAUUUAAAAAGAGCCAAAAGAUGAAAACAAACUCAUUCCUCACCCAGAACCUGACUCAUUUACAGGAUGCCUGCUCUUGGACCAAAACCAGGGCCUCCCUCUCUUUACACAAGAAGAAGAUUGUGACUGCUGUGUCAGAGGUGUGCAGCAGCUCCACCAUUGCUAGUUCUCUCUCAGAAUCCCUCAUAUCAGAAUAUUCAAAUCCUCCAAUCAUGAACAAAACAAACAGUGCUCCAUCCCCUUGGCACUUCUCAUCCAUGUAUAUGCUAAGCCCCUUAAAGACUCUUCAUAUAGUAGACAAAAAGGCAUCUGAUGCUGAAAAGGUUUAUGGGGAAUGCAAUCAGGAAGGUCCUAUGCCCUUCAGCUACUGUCUUUCCUCAGAAAAACUGGAACACUGUCAGAAGAUUGGGGAAGGAGUGUUUGGUGAAGUGUUUCAAACAACUGCUAAUCAUAUACCUGUAGCCCUAAAAAUCAUUGCUAUUGAAGGACAAGAUUUAGUCAAUGGAGCCCAACAGAAAACCUUUGAGGAAAUCCUGCCAGAGAUCAUCAUCUCCAAAGAGUUGAGUCUCUUGUCUGAUGAGGCAUUCAACCACACAGAAGGCUUUAUUGGGUUGAACUCUGUGCACUGUGUCCAAGGAUCUUACCCUCCCUUGCUCCUCAGAGCCUGGGAUCUCUAUAACUCAACCAAAGGGUCUGCAAAUGACCGGCCUGACUUUUUUAAUGAACACCAGCUCUUCAUUGUGCUGGAAUUUGAGUUUGGAGGGACUGACUUAGAGCGAAUGAGAACAAAGUUGGCCUCCAUGGCUACUGCAAAGAGCAUUCUACACCAGAUCACUGCAUCCCUCGCUGUGGCAGAGGCAUCACUGCACUUUGAGCACCGAGACUUACAUUGGGGGAACGUGCUCUUAAAGAAAACCAACCUCAAAGAGCUCCACUACACCCUCAAUGGGAAGACAGGCACUAUCCCCACCCGUGGGCUGCAUGUCAACAUCAUUGACUAUACCCUGUCACGCUUGGAGCGGGAUGGAAUAGUGGUUUUCUGUGAUAUUUCUAUGGAUGAGGACCUAUUUACAGGUGAAGGUGACUACCAGUUUGAGAUCUACAGGCUAAUGAGGAAGGAGAACAACAACUGUUGGGGUGAAUACCACCCUUAUAAUAAUGUGCUCUGGCUACAUUACCUCACAGAUAAGAUUCUGAAACAAGUGACCUUCAAGCAUAAAAAUAAUACCUCUGCCAUGAAGCAAGUGAAGCGAGAGAUCCAGCAUUUUCAUGAGACAAUGCUGAACUUCAGCUCUGCCACUGAGCUGCUCUGUCAACACAGUCUAUUUAAGUAA